GUCGACCACUGAAUCCUCGAUGAUGUACACCGAACGCUUUCCGGGGAAGAUGCGCUCCGCCCAGCGAGGGAGACGAUUGGUCUUCGUCAGGAGCCGCCGGACAGGAGCAGGUUAUCCGACGUCACCUCGCGGAAAAGUGAAGAACACAUGUGCAAACCCUUCAUCAUCUUCAUCAUCCUUCGGUCUGAGUCUCAUUAGAGUCUCAGAGCAUCACAGCAGCUUCUGCUUCCACACGAGCUCGUCAACAUGAGAUCUCACUGCAUCUGCAUGGUGUGUUUUGUGCUGUGUGUGUUUGGAUGGCAUGAUCUGGAUAACAGUGAAUAUGACUGCUGGCCACUGGACAAACCAGAUGAACUCAACAUGAUCGACUGCGGAGGUCUAGAGAUGGCGUGGGUCCUGCGUCCUCCAGAGAAGGUUCUGAGCGGUGAGGAUUUCACUGUCAUUUACUCUGUGACCGUCAGAGAUGAGUUUUACCAGUGGGCCAUCGACAACGACAUCUUCAUACACCGGUCCAUCACAGAUCCAGCUGAAGCCAGACGCUUCUGUGAGGAGCACGAAUGUCCCACCGACUGGAAGGACGCCAACGGAGAAAACUGCUGCAUCCAUCACGCCAACAUCCACUCCUGCCCCAUGGGGUUCAUGAAGCAGGCGGAGGAGAGGAUCUGUGGACCCUGGAUCCCAGAUGACGGUCGGAUAUUCACUCACACCAUCUCCACUUCUGGAAAAAUGACCCAGACCAACUGGAGCGCCAAGGUGGUGUUGUUUCACGAGGGAUUGACGUCUCUCAUCGCUCACAUCCGUGUGGGAAACAUGCAGGUCGCACUGGAGGCCAAGAGCACCGUCCUUCCCGCUAUCAUGUGCGGUGAUGGCCUGUGUGAGGAAGACGAGAGCUGCUCCACGUGUCCCGCCGACUGCGGCGACUGUCCUCUCAGCUCUGCUGCUCAAGCUGCUAUCGCCCUCACCGUCACCACCAUCAUCAUCAGCUUCAUCAUCAGCGUUAUGUGGUUUAAAUAUCAGAAAAAGAAAUUCUUCUGGGAUGAGAGCUGGAUCAUCGACUUUAAUCACAUUAAACAAGAUUACAUUGCCCGGGCCACAAUGGGCAGCAUCAUGAGCGUCCCAGCGGCCAACAGUGACUCUAACGCCAGCUGUGUGACGGCACUGAGCUCCUACACGGGUGUCACCGCGUCACGCAAACAACUCUACACACAGACGGGCAUCUAUGAUGGACGAACUGUUGCAAUCAAGAAAAUAAAAACGAAAACAUUUUCCCUCUCGAAGACGAUUCGCCAAGAAGUGAAGCAAGUCAGGGAGCUGGAUCAUCCCAACCUCUGUAAGUUCUUUGGAGGUUGUGUGGAGGUUCCUAACGUUGCCAUAAUAACAGAGUACUGCCCUAAAGGAAGCCUGAACGACGUCCUGCUCAACGACGAGAUUCCCUUGAACUGGGGCUUCAGGUUCUCCUUCGCUACAGAUAUCGCUCGCGGGAUGUCGUACCUGCAUCAGUUUAAGAUCUGCCACGGACGACUGAAAUCAGCCAACUGUGUGAUCGACGACCGCUGGGUGUGUAAGAUCACAGAUUACUGUCUGUGGAUGUUUCGGCGUGAGGACUGCGCAGAACCUCUCACCACAUACCAGCAGAGACUGAAGGAGGUUUACACGCCGCCCGAGGCCCAGAGCGGCAGCCAGGAGCCCACGCUGACCGGAGACGUGUUCAGCUAUUCAAUCAUCUUACUGGAGAUCGCCACCCGCAAUGAUCCAGUGCCGGCGGAGGACAGCUCUCUGGACUGCGCCUGGUGUCCUCCGCUGCCGGAGCUGAUUUCGGGGAAAGCCGACAGCACCUGCCCCUGUCCUGCUGAAUACGCUGAGCUGAUUCGCCGAUGCCGUGCUCAUAACCCCGCCCACCGGCCCACCUUUGAGCAGAUCCGCAAGUUUGUCAACAGAAUCAACCCUCACAAAGUCAGUCCUGUAGACAUGAUGAUGGAGCUGAUGGAGAAGUACAGUAAACAUCUGGAGGUUCUGGUCGGUGAACGCACCCAAGAUCUGAUGCUGGAGAAACAGAAGACUGACAGACUGCUUUACAGUAUGCUGCCUAAACAGGUGGCUGAUGACCUGCGACAGGGCAAACCGCUACAAGCCCAGAGUUACGUCAGUGCCACCGUGUUCUUCAGUGAUAUCGUGGGAUUCACGCAGUUGUCCAGCACUAGCACUCCUUACCAGGUGGUGGAUUUCCUCAACAAACUCUACACCACCUUCGACGAGAUCAUCGACAACUAUGAUGUUUAUAAAGUGGAAACCAUCGGCGAUGCUUAUAUGGUUGUGUCCGGUGUACCGAGAGAGAAUGGGAUCCUCCACGCGUCUGAGAUCGCCAGCAUGGCUCUGGACCUGGUGUCUGUCUGCAAGACCUUCAGAAUCCCCCACAGACCACAAACCCAGCUGCAGAUCCGGGCUGGAAUACACUCAGGUCCAGUAGUCGCAGGAGUUGUGGGAACUAAGAUGCCGAGGUACUGUCUGUUUGGAGACACGGUGAACACGGCGUCCCGCAUGGAGUCCACCAGCGAAGCGCUGAAGACCCAGUGCAGCUCCAGCACGUUCUACCUGCUGGAGGAGAUCAGCGGAUACGUGCUCACCUGCAGAGGAGUCUUACAGGUCAAGGGGAAAGGUGACAUGGUGACGUACUGGCUGGAAGGAAAGCGUUCUGCAGCUCCGGCUAAAGACGCCAGGAACCCGGUGACGCUGCAGGAGAGCGAGAGAGACCCGGAGACACACACUGAUGAUUACUCCAGUAUCCCAGGAGUCCUCAGCGGCUCUGACGACGCUGACCUGCUGUGUGACCCCUGACACACACCCGUCUGACCUCAGAGAGACACAGCUGUGUGUUAUCACAGCGAAACAGCUGUAGUUUAGCUGCUGUUCAGUCAGGCUUUCAUUAUUGAGUGUAACUUCAGCUGUACUUGUGUGUUUGAUCAGUCAGUGUUUGUAGCAUCAGAACAACGGCAACCGAGCCAGUGAUAGUAAAUACUGAAGUACUGAUUAUAGAGAUUUAAUCAUACAAAAUAAAAACAAAUGCAUUUAAUGAUGGUGAUAGACCACUUAUUUUAUUUUAUGAAACUACGUUCUCUUAAAGAAAUUAAUGCUUUUAUUAAUCAAGGAUGCAUUGAAUUGAUCAAA